CCUGUUGUGUCUAUAUAUUACAGAUAGUCUUAGUUCAGUACAAUAAUCAACUAAGGAAGCAUGUCAUUUUUUGGAGUUAACGUAACUAAUCCAUUUACCUCUGUGCUUGGACAAAAAAUAGAACAAGCCACAGAUGCAAAUUUGCCUAGUGAAAAUUGGGCACUUAAUAUGGAAAUUUGUGAUAUGAUUAAUGAAACAGAGGAUGGUCCUAGAGAUGCUGUUAAAGCUAUUAAACGUAGAUUAAGUCAGGCAGCUGGUAAAAACUAUAUCAUCGUUAUGUAUACUCUUAUUGUUCUGGAAACCUGUGUAAAAAACUGUGGUAAGCGUUUCCAUGUAUUAGCAUGCUCCAAAGAAUUUGCAUUGGAAUUAGUAAAAUUAAUUGGACCAAAGAAUGAUCCUCCAACAAUUGUACAAGAAAAAGUACUGAAUCUAAUACAGACUUGGGCAGAUACAUUUCGAAACCAGCCACAUACACAAGGUAUUGUACAUGUUUAUCAAGAACUCAAAACAAAAGGAAUUGAAUUUCCAUGUACUGAUUUGGAUACAAUGGCUCCUAUUAUAACUCCUGAAAGGAGCGUUCCGGAACUUGAAGGGUCAAUCAUCAGCGGUGCGGCAGCGGCGGAGCCAACCUCGACCUCUUCGUUGAUAAAUAACGUCGUGAUUGGUCAGCCGAUGCAAACUUGUCAUUGUCCGAGUGGUACCCAGGCUGUCCGACUCAGCGAACAGCACCUGCUCAAAUUGCGUGGUGAGCUCGACGUUGUUCACGGCAACAUGCGCGUUCUUUCAGAGAUGCUCGCUACGCACUCGGUUGGGCUUCAGGAGAAAACGUCCGAGCACGUUCUCGUUGAAGAUAUGGAGCUCCUUGGAGAACUUCAUGAUACAUGUAAGGCUAUGCAGGAGCGUGUUAUAGAAUUAAUUGGGAAGCUUGCCCAUGACGAAUUGACAGCGGAACUAUUGCAGAUCAAUGACGAAAUGAAUAAUUUAUUUCUGCGCUAUGUACGUUUUACCAAGAACCAAAAGGUGCCAACAAGUGCGAUGGUUGCAGAGGCCAUCGGUACAGGUCCCACCACUUCCAGAAAGAAACUCGAUAGUGGAGAUGCUCUCAUUGAUCUGUCGGAUGACGAAAUUGGUGCUACAGCACUGCCCAUCGUUUCUCUCAUUAAGCGUGUUGAUGAUUUGGAUCUAGCAGGUGAAAGUAAUGAUAUAAAAUUGCGGCGAAAGGAAGGCGAAGGUGACGAGUUCGAAGUCUUCGCACAAUCACGAACCACUAGUUUCGAUGCUAUUAAAAAUAGACAGGAGUUGCAAAGAAGUGAUAAUGAAACAGAACCUAGUUCAUCUCGUACAAAAAAUUUGAUGGAUAAGACCGUAACAUCAUCCGAAUUUGAGCGUUUUCUAGCGGAGCGUACAGCUGCUGCAGCCAUUGAUGUCGCUCCUAGCACCAGUAAUAGCACCGCUACGGGUUCAACAAUCCAGCGACAAAUCGGCAGUGACUCUGAAGAUAAAUCAUUGUUCGCACUAUAAGCAGUUAUUUUACGGAACUAUUUCUGUCUCAGAUUGUCUUUCCUUUGUUUUAAAAAAAAUUUUAAACUAUACGUAAAUAAUGACAUUUUAAAAAUUAAAUCAUUACUACAGCAUUGCGGCAUGUGCAAUUGGAUAAUUUAGCUUCAAUCGGAGCUGAACCUAAAGUAAUAAUAAAUGGGAAAAUGAACAUGAAGAAAAUAUAAUGUUAUGAUUUCAUACAAUGUUAAAUUUGUUAAACGUAUUAAACAUUGAGUAGUACAGCUUAAUUAUUUGCAUAUAUCAGGAUUUUAUUCACGUAGUUAAGUAACUAUU